AUGAAAAUAUUAUCAAUAAAUGGUUAUUAUUAUAACUGUUUAUUUAUUGUUUUUGUAAUAAACAUUAUACUAUUAAUUUCUAUUAAAAAUGUCUAUUGUGAUAGAAGUGCAAUGCUCCAACCAAAUGGUGAAUUUUUACCACAUGUAAGAUUAGCUAAAGAUUUACUUGACAAAAAACGUUAUGAUAAACGAGUUAGACCGGUAAUUGAUCAAAAAAAUUCAACAAAAGUUAGUUUUACAAUGAGUUUAUAUCAAAUUUUGGCAAUUAAUGAUAAACAACAAAGUUUAGAUUUAAAUGUUUGGAUAAUACAAAAAUGGACAGAUGAAUUUCUUGGAUGGAAUCCUAAUAAAUAUGGUCAAAUUAAUACAACAAUCUUACCUUUUGAAAGUAUUUGGCUUCCAGAUACUUAUGUUUAUAAUUCUGUAGUUAUGAAUCGUCAGGAAACAGAAAGAUAUAUUAAUGUUGUAGUUAAUACAAAUUAUUGGAAUAAAAGAAAAGGUGCUGAUAUAACAUUUAUGUAUCCAGCAUUAUAUAGAACAACAUGUCAUUUAAAUAUAAAAUAUUUUCCAUAUGAUCAACAAUAUUGUACUAUUAUUAUAAGUUCAUGGACAAGUGAUAAAGCAUCUAUAGAUUAUUAUCCAGAAUCAGAUAUUGUAAAUUUACAAAAUUAUAUACCAAAUGAGGAAUGGAUUGUUGUUAGUUUUGAAAUUAAACGAGUAGAACAAAAAUUUGUAUGUUGUCCUCAACCAUGGGUUCUUCUUGAGUGUAAUUUAAUAAUACGUCGCAAACCACUAUAUUAUAUAGUAAAUCUUGUCAUUCCAACAUCUAUUAUAACUCUUGUUGCUGUAACAGGAUUUUUUACUCCAGCAUCAACAAGUAAUGAGAGAAGAGAAAAAUUAUCACUUGGAAUUGAUGCAUUAUUAGCUAUGUCAAUUUUAAUGAUGAUGGUUUCAGAACAAAUGCCAACAACAUCUGAUUAUAUUCCAUUAUUUGGAUUAUUUUAUUUAGCCAUAAUAAUUAUAAUAUUUGUUGGAACUAUUUUUACAGCUUUUAUUUUAAAUAUUCAUCUACAAAAACAAUAUAAUCGUCCAAUAUCACCAUUAAUAGCAUACAUAUUUUUUCAUAAGGUAGCUGUAUGGCUUAAAUUAGAACCAUCUUAUAGUUUAAGUGAAUUAUGGCGUGAAACUGGUGCUCAAUAUGGUAUUAACAAAAUAAAUAAAAUAAAAUGGCUUCAAAUUAAAAAAAGAAAAGAAGAAUUUAGAAAAAGAUGUAAUAAAGAUAAAUUUAAUAAUAUAAACAUUGAAAAUAUAACUAAUUAUACAAAACCAAAAAAUUUGUCAACAGUUAAAUUGGUAAAUAUGCAAAUACCACUUAUUGAUAAUGAUAAUUCAAUCAAUGAUAUAAGUAUUUCUAAUGAUGUUACUAAAGAAUUAGAAUUUAAAAGUAACAGUAAUGCUAGAUUAAAUUGGCAAAAAUUGGCUUUAAAAGUUUGUAAAAAUGAUAAUUAUAUGAAUUCACAAAAUAAUAUACCAGAAUAUAAAUAUCAAAUAAAUGAUACUAUUAUUUCUAACGAUUAUAAAGAAAAAGAAGAUAAUUCUUCGUAUAAAGAUUUACCAAUUACAGCUUUAUCUAUAUUUAACUCAGAAUCAAGUUAUAAGAAAAAAGGUAAAAUUUAUUGUGAUGCAGAUGAAAUAGAUCAAAAAUUAAGAAGAAGAUAUUCAUUAGAAUGGGAAUUUCUUGCUGCAAUUGUUGAUCGUAUUUUACUUAUAGUUUUUAGUAUUCUAGUAAUUGUUGUUACAGUUUUAAUGGUUUGUAUUGGUGAAGCUAUUCAUAUGAGUUAUGCUCAUCAAGACAUGAUAAAUGCAAUGAAUAAUAAUUCAUCAUUAAAUAAUAAUGUAAUGAUAUAA